CAGUACGUCACCACGUUUCCGACACGCGUUGUACGCACGUUAUUGUUAAGCAAACACCUAGCUGUUAGCCGCGACAUCUGCACAUCUUCAGAUGGCGAAUGGAUGCAAAGACGCGUUGUUUACACGCGGAGCUGGACAGAGUGAUGAUUCAGACAUAUGGGAUGACACCGCAUUGAUAAAAGCUUAUGACAAGGCAGUGGCGUCAUUCAAGACUGCUUUAAAGGGUGAAGAUGUUCCACAAGCCUCCAAGAAAAACCAGCCAGGAAAAAAACGCAAGAAUAACAAAAAGAACCAGUGCAGGAAAAGAACAAAUGCACCACCAGAGAAAGAGUGGCAGGUAGGAGACUCGUGCUGUGCAUACUGGUCUGAAGAUGGCCAGCUCUAUGCAGCCACCAUCACCUCCAUAGAUGAAAAGAGAGGCACCUGUGUGGUUCUUUUUACAGGAUACGGCAAUGAGGAAGAGCAGAACCUAGAAGACUUGCUUUCAGAGAUAUCGGAGGGUGAUGAGGAAACAAGUACCAAGGUAAAUGAAGCAGAAUCAUCAACAGAGGACAGUGACAGGUCAACCACAUCAAACCAACACAAACAACAGCACCACAGUAAACCCCAGAAGUCCAAACCCCACAAAGAAGCUCCCCCAAUGAGGGCUCCUGGUUUCCCUGGGUUUCCUCCAGGCCCACCUCCGAUGCAUUCUUUCAGGCAGGGUGGAAACAGACGUAGUGGUGGUCAUGGGCCUGUACCUCCUCCAUGGCCUCCAAUGAUGCCCUUUGGUCCCCCAAUGAUCCCUCCUCCUCCUCCCCCGAUGAGCCCUGACAUGGUGGAUGAUGAGGCCUUAGGCAGUGUGCUCAUCUCCUGGUACAUGAGUGGAUAUCACACAGGAUACUACCUGGGGUUGAAGCAAGGACGAAAAGAGGCUGCUAAUUGGACAAAGCUGCACCACAAAUGAAAUGUCAACUGAAGAUUUCAUGGUUUCACCUACUCAGCGCAUCACCUGGUGCUGCAGUCAUCCUCUGUUGUGUCUGAUGUGUUUGCUUUUGUCUCAGAAGAAAAUGUUUAUUGAUGAAGUGUACACUGUGAAAGGAACAUACUUCAGAGUUCAAGGAGAAAAGUUUUGUAUUUUUUUUUUUGUAAAUGGAUUAAAUAAAGUCUUUUGGAGCACAGUUGA